AUGGAAGUGGAGUCGGACGACAUGACAGAGUCUGCGCCAUGGUGGGUUUUCGUCACUUGGUGCGAGAAGCUGUUUGCUUGUACUGGGCAACCUCAGGCAAGUUGCGCUCAGAGGCUUGCCGUUGGCAGUGGACGAGGAGCCUCCGCGCUGCUGGUGCUCCCAGCUGCUAAGAACCUGCCUCGCCAACAAGAGGACGGCGUGCUUCCUCUGGCCGAGCGCUUCCACAUCGAGGGAACGCUCGAGAACAAAACGGAGAUGCAAGUCAACGACACGGGGAUGCAAGUCAACGACACGAUGGAAGUCAAUGGCACGUCCGUUUUGGAGGAUGGCGAGUUCGUCUUGGUCGACCGCUUCUAUGUCCAGGAGAGAACUCCAAGUCCUUUCCGUUUCGCUGCCUUUGCCGAGUAUGGGAACGUCUCGGCUGAGGGCACGGCGGGGAUGCAAGUGAAUGGCAGCAAAUCCUUUUUGGAGGUGCGGUUGGAUUCCACGGAGGAGCUGUUGCAGUUGCUGGAGAGUCGGCAGGUCAGCUACGUUCCGACGAGAGAUUUUUGGGGCGAGGACAUCGUUUACUUUCAUUUCGAGACCAUCGUAGCUCAAACUGGAAUGCUAGAAGUCGAGACCAUCGCACAUGACUUCUCAUGGCAUGUCGAAGUUCGGCCCCAGUCUGACCUGCCAUACAUCGAUGUCCGCCACGGUGGCGCAGAGCGAGCAGUGGCAAACCAUGCACACCACGUCAACGCGAGCAUUUGGCAUGCCGACUUGGGUGCUGAGGACCACACGCGAGUGUACGUGCAGUCGCCUUUUGGCGAGCUGAGCUUUCCUGCACUCGACGUGGUGAUGGACGAGGUCAGUCCAGGUCUGACGGAGUUCUUUGCCAAAGAAGAGUUUGCUCAAGCGGAAGAAGCAGAGGCCAGGCCCAAUGUUCAGGCGAAAGAUGGGAUUUGGCCGAGCAUCUCCAUGUACGAGUCCUCGGUGGGAGACAGAUUUGCAAUCUCAGGCACUCUUGCAUCCGUCAACCGAGUGCUUUCAAUGAUGCAGUUUACACCACCUCCCGACUCGCCAGAUUCCGGGUCUCUGAGUGUCACCGUGGAUCAAACACCGUCAUCCGCCGAGCUCGAAAUCCUGAACCCUGAGACUUUCCAGAUGAGCGUGCCAUUAGCCCAAGCGCAUUUAGAUCUGGACAUCGAGCCGCUGACCAAGUCCGAGUAUCCUUGCUUUAUUGGUGGUCCGGCGGCCACCUUUGUGAAUCCAGGUGAGGAUGCGAGGAAUCUGGGCAUUACGGUCAGCCCCGAGUUUUCUGCCUCCACGAAGGUGACAGCUCAAAUCGCGGAGACACUCCGCGAGUUUCGGAUUUCGGUUCGAAAUGGCCACAUCAACCUUGAUGUCAACAAGUAUCCUGCUGCCCGGAUUUGCCCGCCGUUCUUUCCCGAUGUGGGGGGCUGUGCAGAGGAUGAAACCGAUGCAUGGGUGAUCUACGGUACCAUCGAGCAAGCCGCCCUGGCCAUCGAGUCGGUCGUGUACACUCCUCCCGUGGGCUAUGCUGGUCAGGCCUCGGCGAAUGACUUGCCUUGGCAUAGCUUUGGAGCAUUUUGUCAGUGUGAUCAGUUGCGAGCUGCUGUGGACGCCAUUGAAAGCUGUAACAAGGAAGUGACCUUGAACAUCGUGAAGGGCUUCUCACCUCCGCGCAUUCGUUGCUGUGAUGGAGUGUCCUUGGAGGUGCAUCGUGCUCUGGAGCCUUCGGCAAUUCCUCCAUGCUACUUGGAGCAGAAUGAGUAUGGAGAGAUACCAGCUGUGGCACAAGUGACACUCAGCACUGACAUCGGGCAGCUGGCAUUCUGGCCUGUGGCAGGCCUCUAUUUCGACCGCAACUUCGACACUAUGCCUGUUCACAAUGUUUCCUCACGGAUUGUGGCGAGUGGUCCCGGUGGCACCAUGCAGCAGGGCCUGGCCACGAAGCUCGCCUUGCUCUUCGUACCGGAAACUGAAAUGCGUUCGGCUGGGCGGGUGAUGGUCGAGGUUUUGGAUGCGCGCUCUGGGCUCACAUCGGCAUCGAGCUGUCCAGUCCAUGUGGUAACCGGGAGGAGGGCGAGCCUUCCGCUUAUCCAGAUUGACUUGCCGACGCCCAAUGCCACCUACUUAUUGUCAGGCCGAUUGGGCGCUCGUCGACAGGAUGCUUUGCUUGGUUUGGAGAUGGAUGUGCCGUCCAUUGGCUUGAUAGCAGCCGUACCCCAUGCAGCUUGCCUCGUGGUCCUGCGUGUUGCAAGAGGCCGUGCUGUCUGCCAUGGUGAGUCGCAAGCAUGA